AUGGGAAGGACUGAUGCCGUGGUUCGCUACUGCCAGUCGCUAGAAUCAGGAUGGAUCUUGGGAAGGAGGGGAACACUGCGAGAAAAAGGGCAAGAACGAGUGAGUUGA